AUGGAGGGUAAGGAGACCCACUCUCCUGGAUCCGCUCUCCGUCGGUCAGCCACUCACGACGACGGAAUAGACCCCUUUGAUGCAAUCCUAGAUGCUGACGACGGCUCCGAUGACGCGAGCCCUUCCCUCACGAAAUCUCGGCCGUCCAAUCUCUUUCGUCCGAUCCAGCAGCUCUGGCGACAACCCAUCGUGCGAUUCGCCGUCGCGCAGAUCUUCAUCGUCUGGGCUGUCGCAGCGUCGGUUCUCUACAUCCAAGACGUCGCAAUGUCGCACGAGGGGUCGCUACAACACAGCGACAUUUCAGGUCUAGGUGCAGGCAGCGGCCUCGGAGCUGCCGGUCAAGCAACCUUAUUGGAGCAGCUUAAAAAGCGGUUUCAUGAACGUUGUCCCAUGCGCCCACCAGUGUGCCGGCCCAGGAUCGACCUGAAGGCGGUCGCGCAUAGCGCGAAGCACUUUUACGCGCAAGACAAGCCCGCGGACGGGGAAGGCCGGGGCUUGGGGGAGAGCGCGGGGGGAUCCGCGGACGGGAAGAAUGGGACUAGCGGGGGCGGAGGCGGGGCUGGCGGAGCGGGGGAUGAGCUUCCGCUGGUGGUUUUCUUCGCGGGGAUUGAGGGGUCGGGGCAUAAAUUCUUCGAGCAGGUGUUUCGGAACAUAAAGAAGCCGCUGCUCCACCUCACCUCGCCCACUUACUUUAUUCACCAAUUCCCCAACCCCUCCCGCCUGCCCGUGAUGUCCCCUGCGUCCUCUGCAGUCGUGGCGUUCGAGCCGCUGCUCCACCUCACUUCCGAGGAAACCCAGACACACGUGCACGGCGUGGACGCACGCUGUCCGCGGCUGCCCUACGCGCGUCCCCUGCGCGCAUAUGCCAAGGAGAUGGCUGUGCGGCUGGCAGAGAUUGGCAGCUCCGUGUACCUCCGAGCUCGGGACUCCUACCCUCUGGGCCGGGUUCGGACGCCCCUGGCUCGGCCGGACCUGGUGCACAUGCUGCAGCUGGACGGGCUGCUCUUCAACCUCAAAGUCGUCGUCAUCUCCAGAGGGCUGCCUGAUGCUGUUCGCUCGGCAUACAGGAUGGGCUACCACGGAGGGGACCUGGGCCUUCAGGUGCGCAUAGUGGAGGAUGAGAUGGUGUUUCUCGACACCACCAUGCGCAUGAUCCCCUGCAGCAAGUACAUUGUGCUCGACUUUGACUGGGUGGCUGAUAGUCCCGAGGUGAGCGCCUGCAUGAUUCGAGGCUUAGAUGACCACCCAAUACACACUUGUGAACCUGGGGAUCAGUCUGCCACACAUGCAUGA